GGCGCCGUGAGGUUUGUGUCGCCCACGGUGUUCGCUUGAAUUCCAUUGCCGUCCAUUAAAACAUCCGACUUGGAAAAUACAACAUUAAAGUGUCGGCGGGAUUUAAUAUCACACUGCGGGUUUGGGCGUCGGGACCCGGAUGUGAGAGCCGUUUCAAAAACAAGGAUUAUUUAUCGCGGAACCCCGCCGUAUGUGUGAGGCACGCGCCCUGAGCGGUGCCGUGGCUGCCUGCGGAACAAUCGGCGGAUAAUCCGCGGGUCUGCGCGCGCUGCUCGGCGGAGAGAGAGAGAGAGAGAGAUAGAGGCUCCCGUCGCUGAAAACACGCCGCGUGUCGGAUGUGAUUACUGGGCCAUGGGUCCGGCCGGCUGCUCCCACGUGAACGGCUUUAAAGUGGAGAACUGGAAGCAGAACCUGCGCGUUAUUUACCAGUGCUUUGUGUGGAGCGGCUCGGCCGAAACCAGGAAACGCAAGGCGAAGUCAUGUGUGUGUCACAUGUGUGGCGCUCACCUGAACCGGCUGCACUCGUGUCUCCACUGCGUCUUCUUCGGCUGUUUCACAAAGAAACACAUCCACGAGCACGCCAAAUCCAAGAGACACAAUCUAGCUAUAGACCUUUUGUAUGGAGGAAUAUACUGUUUUGUGUGCCAAGACUACAUCUAUGAUAAAGACAUGGAGCAGAUCGCCAAAGAAGAACAAAGGAAAGCGUGGAAAUUGCAAGGCAUUGGAGAGAAGUAUUCUACGUGGGAACCUACAAAGCGAGAACUGGAGCUGCUUCGACACAACCCCAAACGACGGAAGAUAACCGCAAACUGCACCAUAGGUCUGAGGGGGUUGAUAAAUCUGGGCAACACAUGCUUUAUGAACUGCAUUGUCCAGGCUCUGACACACACCCCACUGCUGAGGGACUUCUUCUUGUCUGACAGACAUAAGUGUGAGAUGCAGGCCAACUCUUGCCUGGUGUGUGAGAUGUCCCAGCUUUUUCAGGAGUUCUACUCGGGCCAUCGGUCCCCCCACAUUCCCUUUCGGCUGCUGCACCUGGUGUGGACACACGCACGUCACCUGGCUGGCUAUGAGCAACAGGAUGCGCACGAGUUCCUUAUUGCAGCGCUCGACGUUCUACAUCGUCACUGCAAAGGGGACGACAACGGGAAGAAGGCCAACAACCCCAAUCACUGCAACUGCAUCAUCGACCAAAUCUUUACAGGAGGCCUGCAGUCAGACGUCACAUGUCAAGUCUGCCAUGGUGUAUCCACCACUAUAGAUCCAUUCUGGGACAUCAGUUUAGACCUUCCGGGUUCGUCUACCCCGUUCUGGCCGCUCAGUCCUGGUUCUGAUGGGAGCGUAGUGAAUGGGGAGAGCCAUCCCAGUGGAGCUACCACCCUGACAGAUUGCUUACGCAGAUUCACACGACCCGAACACUUGGGGAGCAGUGCCAAAAUCAAAUGCAGCGGUUGCCAUAGUUACCAGGAGUCCACCAAGCAGCUGACAAUGAAGAGGCUGCCCAUUGUGGCCUGUUUUCACCUCAAGCGGUUUGAGCAUUCAGCAAAGCUCCGUAGGAAAAUCACCACAUACGUCUCAUUUCCUUUAGAGCUUGACAUGACUCCCUUCAUGGCCUCCAGUAAAGAGAGCCGGAUGAAUGGACAGUACCAGCAGCCAGUAGACUCAUUAAACAAUGAUAACAAGUAUUCUCUCUUUGCUGUGGUGAAUCAUCAAGGCACACUGGAGAGCGGUCAUUACACCACCUUCAUCCGCCAGCAUAAGGACCAAUGGUUUAAAUGUGACGACGCCAUCAUCACUAAAGCCAGCAUUAAGGACGUGCUGGACAGCGAAGGGUAUCUGCUGUUUUAUCAUAAACAGUUCCUUGAGUAUGAGUAACCUCUGAUAGCAGAUAAUGAAGAUGGAUAUGUACAGAAAAGGACCAUAGAACUGAAUGAGAUGGAGGAAGAAAACCAUAAAAGCAAAUACAAGGCGUUUCAGUGUCGUUUGAGCGCGUACAGCUGGGAGUGGCACAAACACCAAGAACACGCAUAACUAUUACACCCUGAUUAUUCCUAGCUUAAAAUCAAUCAAAUAAGAACCGAAAAACCAAAUGCAUAGCUAACUACCUGAGUCAGUCCACACUGAGCUACUUGAAGAAAAAAAAAAAAAAAAAGUUCAAAGUGAGUGAAACGUGAUAAAAGAUGGAGCUCGAGCGGAAGAAAAGGGCGAUCAAGCUCAGCCUCAGUUUUCUGCCUUCACCACACAUCUCAUUCAUCUUUAGUCCAUGAUCCUUACGACCUCAGAAUGACCAAGCAUUUCUCACACACACACACACAUACACACACACACACACGCGCGCACACACACACACACA